AUGACAGCGAUUGCGUCGCAAUAGGAGUUACAUAAACUCUCAUUUCCACUUCUCGUUACGGAAAAGUGUCAUUCCUAAGCAGCGCGAAUGGAAAACGAUCGGCCUGCGGACACGGCGAAAUACUUCGCGUGGCUGAUACCUAUGCGGUAAAUCGUGUAACACACGCCCCAUAUAUACACAAUGCAACGAAACAACCUACCUAUUCUCUUCCGCUUUUGCAUUCUUAUCCUGCGUCUUUCUUUCGUGACACGUACAACCUUCCAUCUUUCCAUCUUUCUUGCUCUUGGUGUCCGAAUUUAUCGCAGGGAAAGUCUGUAUUAAUCGGCAAUCUGAUUAAAUAAAUAAAAAAAAAAUGUACGCACAUGUGCGUGUUGGAACGAGAAGAGGACGACGAGUUGCAGCUGUAAACUCUGUGAAACGCGGAAUUAACGAAUCGCGCCGAAAGAAGGAGGAACCUGUCUUGUCUUGGAAUUACGAAACGAUCCAGAAGAAGGCCAUUAGAUGAAAAAGAUUUCGCACGACUUUGUGCGGCACCUCGAAAAAGGAAAUGCCGGAAGUCGACAAUUUUAAACGAAACGUUUAACUCGACACAUCGCAGACAGAACAGAAAUCGAAAAUUGUAAAAGAAUGUUGCGAAGGAUACAAAAUGCCGAUAAUUUACAAUGGUACAGAGAUGGAUGCGAGGUGUUCACCGCUAUGCGUCAAAUGUCUGGCGGGUGUAUGUAUUGCACCAAAUAAAUGUCAAUGUGAUCCUGGAUAUCACGGAGAUGAUUGCGCCCAUGGAUGCCCGCCAAAUACCUGGGGUCUUUACUGUAUGGAAGUGUGCAAUUGCAAUGAAAAUAGCAUCUGCGAUCCUAUAAAUGGCGCUUGUCAAUGUUCUCCAGGACUACAAGGGCCACAAUGCCAAGAGCAUUGUGCAAUCGGUCAAUGGGGUCCGGAUUGCGCAAACAAAUGCACAUGUCAAAACCGGGACAAUAACUGCGAUGCCGUAACCGGAAGAUGUACAAAGGAUGACGCUUUUUUAGCCGAACAAACGUCACCUGCUUAUUUGCGGAGCUCUACUACUAAAACACCCAGAAUUAACAACAUGGAGUAUACAGAAGAUGUCUCAGCCCCGCGUGAGACUACUGAGCGCCAGACAGAAGAUAUGAAUGACAAAUGGAAUGAUACAAAUUAUAUUUCGGAAACGACAAGCCCGGCAACAGCUUCGAUCGCGAUCCCUCCUCAAAAAGCAACAAACGAAACACGACAGAAUCUUUCGACCACUGCUCGACCAGUAAUUGUAUUAGUCUCUGUUCCCGAACGCAGAAGAGACGUCGAGAAAGAUAAGCAAAAAUUUGCAACGAGGAAUGCGUUUCUCAGACACGUAGAAAACGAAAGUAUUGAUGUGCCAAAUAUCGAUUAUGUAAAAACCGUUCAUAAAGACGACAUUCAGACAUCUACAUCGAUUCCACUGGACAUCGCUCUAAUCGUCGUGGCUGCGAUCGUCUCUCUCGGUCUGACCUCGCUCGCGGUGGUUAUGGUCCUUCACAUGCGUUCCAAACUAUUCGAGACCGUUCGACUUGCUAUCUACGACGACAAGAAAACCAAAAAUCAAGAAUGUGUAAGCGUGAGCAGCAAAAGAUUGUCCACAGUGGUAAACACUAGCUUGCCUCCACCUCCGAUUCGUGUGAAUUCCAUAUUUGCUACUAAUACAGAACCGGAAACGAUAUUAACUGUUGACGGCAUUGAGUCCUUGAAUACUUAUGCUAAUGGUGCUGCUACAAUCGGUCUGCGAAUUUCCGGUAAUCUUCGUGAUCUGUUACAAGACGGCCAUUACGAUCGACCAUCAGCAACUCUGAUACGUUUGCAGACAAACUUCGAUCAUAAUACGGAGCAUACGGAGCAUGUAUACGAUGAAAUACCUUUACAAACCACUCCGCUAUCCAAUCGCAAGGAUAUGUGAUAAAGAUAUUAUUCAUUAGAUUCGUAAUCAAAUCUAUCUAUAGUUGAUAAUGCAAUUUCGUCAUUUAAAAAAAUGAAAUUUUAAGAUGAAAUACGGUCUAUUAGGAAUCGAUGAAAAGUCAAUCACUCGAUUCUAAAAAAAAUGCGCGAAACUGGUUUCCGAUCUUAUGUACAGCUGUUAAAUGCACUUGAAGGCUGAACGUGACCAUAAUUAAAUGGAAUAAGCAGAAAAACAAGUUUAAGCUUUACUGUCAAUGACUUUCUGAAUCAACUAUUUCAACGAAAUGACGUCAAAUCAACAAAAAGAGAGAGAGAGAGAGAGAAUGCAUUGAAUUACGAUUGCGCGUGAAUGCACAAUUAGGUGGAAAGCGCUAAAUAAUAUUCUCGUGUAACAACCGGAAAAUAUAACUUCCUGACAUACUAUCAUUAUCCAGGUAAUAUUAAACAUUUGUAUAGUCGAUGCGAAGCUAUCUGUUUACGAAUAAAUAGAUACGAAAAUAAAUUGCCUGAUAAAUGUGACAAUUUUAUUCAAUAUUAGUGUAAUUUACGUAUUAAUUGCAUUGUAUAAAUUAAUAAAUUAAUUAUUCACUCCACAAUUAAUAUUACGGGCAAUACGUUUAGAUUAAAUAUUGUCAUAUUGCUCACGAAACAAAUUAUCAAGUAUA